AUGAGACAACAAGUGGAUGAGCAGCCUCAGCCUGCCUCUUUUGUUCCAUCAGAAAUGCUCAUGCCACCAGAUUAUGCAGGACAAUUUUUUCAGCCAGCCUCCAACUCGGAUUAUUAUGCACAAUCUUCUUACAUUGGCAGUUUUGAUGAAGAGCCUCCUUUGCUAGAAGAUAAGUUAAGGAAGUAACUUGGAAUCAAUUUUGAUCACAUAUGGCAAAAAACCUUGACGGUGUUAAACCCAAUGAAACCAGCAGAUGGCAGCAUUAUGAACGAAACGGACCUCACUGGUCCCGUCCUGUUUUGCGUCGCUCUGGGAGCCACCCUGCUUCUGGCAGGAAAAGCUCAGUUUGGUUAUGUGUACGGCCUGAGUGCCCUCGGCUGCCUUGGGGUUUAUGCCUUGCUGAACUUGAUGAGCUCCUCCGGGGUGUCGUGUGGCUGUGUGGCCAGCGUGCUGGGUUACUGCCUGCUGCCCAUGGUCAUCCUGUCCAGCUGCGCCAUCUUCUUUUCCCUGCAGGGCACCUUUGGAACCGCGUCAGCCCUGGUCAUCGUUGGCUGGUGCAGCCUCUCAGCUUCCAAGAUCUUCAUGUCAGCCUUGGACAUGGAGGGACAGCAGCUUCUGAUCGCAUACCCCUGUGCCUUGCUUUACGGACUUUUUGCCCUCCUAACAGUUUUCUGA